UACCGCUUGAUUAUCUCGACAAGUUUUUCCCUCGCCGAAACCUAGUCUCACCAAACCUAGAUUCACCAAACUUAGUCUCACCCGACCUAGUCCUACCAAUCCUCGGUUUAUUUGUUCCAGAAACGCAUCCGAGAUUUGUCAAUUGUAACGACUACUCAGGAACAAUACUAGAGUACCCUUUGCAUUUCGUGUCCCAACUGCCGGAACAAUUCAUAUCCUGAGAUUCCGUAUGCACAAAGUCUGCAGCUACUGAUUUUUCACUAAACAUCAACAGACAUUGGCCUUUUUCUUCAAGCCAGUAUUCAUCAGCAUAAAAAUUGUUUUAUUUACCCGAACCACCAAAAUAGAGGCGUCGCAGAUCAUUAUGAACCCCUCCGAUAAACCUCCCCGAAUGCAAAACCUAUUACAAAAGUACCUGUACAUUUCUCCCAUCGUCUGCGCGUUCCUCAAACCCUUCACGUUUCUCUUUGUAUUGCUCGUGCGGAUCGUCAAGUCCGGCUUGAACGAGAGAAAUGUCGUCACGUUGCCCCUCAACUUUCUCCUCAACUUCGGACCUGUGGUGGCAUGGCUCUGCAUCUUUAAAAAUGCUGGUUUGAUUCCGCACUCAUGGAGACCCAGCAUUCAUGUGCCGUUGAUGAUGAAAAUGGACGGGAUUGUAUUCACCAUCACGUCAUUCACCGGCUGGCUCAGCUUUGUAGCCAUUGUGGCGUUGAGCUACGUCCUCUAUAUCUUGUUCUACCAGCAAAAGCACACCAACAAUGACGCGGAACGCGACUCGUACUCCCAAAACCAGGAGUUAGACGAGUUCAGCAUGCUGUCCGAUGAAGAAGUGGUUGCUUUGAGAAAAAAAAGCACGGAUAGCGUGUCCAGAUCGUCUAUUUCUUCCUCCAGCAAUUUCAUCAUGGGCCAGAAGGUUAGUGAGAACAAUUUUGGCGAGGACUACGUUUUGCUAGACUGUCUUGUAGAAAUGUCGGAGCCUAGACAGGCGGCAAACAGCCAAGCCCAUUUAAUUACCCCUCCAUUGCUUCUUGCACUCUCCUGGAUCAUUCUCAAUGCCGACCAUUGGUGGGGCACCAACAACAUCUCCACCCCGAAGGACUUGUUUGCGUGGUUUCUGUAUGUGUUGCUCCACCUUUUAGCCCCGAUUUUCACGGCGAUCUGGCUCUAUGUGUUCCACGUCCCCGGUGCUCUUCUGACCUUUUCCUGGUGCUUGGGGUUCCAGAACAUUGCGGGAGUAUUGACUCACUUAGUGUUUCCCAAUGCUCCACCGUGGUUCAUUAGCCUUUACGGUCCAGAUAAGGCUGCCGACUACGAUACCCCAGGCUACGCAGCCGGUUUGACCCGCGUGGACGUGGCGAUGGGUACCCACUUGAAUUCUCAGGGCUUUCACAAGUCGCCGAUUGUGUUUGGCGCCUUCCCGUCGCUCCACUCGGCCAUGGCGGUCAUGUGCUGCUUCUUCAUCUGUUACCACGCCCGCUCGCACUACGCUAAAUUCUUCUUCGGCUGGUUGUACGUGGUUGUGCAAUGGUGGGCUACCAUCUACCUCGACCACCACUGGCGCAUCGACUUGCUCUUUGGCUUGUUGUAUGCUAUCGUGAGCUUCAGUGUUUUCAAGCCAAGAUUGGCUAGAAAGCAAGCGGAGUUUGUCGAGGCCAGAAGAGAGGGGGACGAAAGGAAGGGGUACACCAUGGGUAUGCGGGUGUUCAAGAAUACCAAGUUGCAGAACUGGUUCGAUCCAUUAUAAUUCCCCAGGGGAAUUACCCCCCCUACAUUUUAUCCAGCACGAUAUUCAAUUAUUAUUUAUUUCAUGAACUAAUAACCAACCAUAUGCCAGUUGAAAGCCCAAAGGUAAUUUUGAAUUAAAUCUUCCCGUACAUUUAUUUGAAGCCUAUGCUCAAGAUUAGAUUGUAGAAGUGGCAAAUCCACUUUUGUCGGGUUGCAAGGCAAUGGAGUAAAGAAAUUUCGUAAGCUGGAAGGUUACCACUUAUGGAUGCUACCCUUACCAAUGACCUCACAGCAGUUCGUACACUUUAACCAAACCCAACCCGGCAGGCCCAGAGGCGAUACAUUCAGCCUUAUGGUAUCUCUGCACGUUACACGGCCACAACCUGUCUACAACAUAGCCUAAAGGGU